UGAGGAACUCUUGACAUCGCAACAAGGAACUCUUGUCAAGCGGACUUCGAGUGGACAGGAAGACCCGAGAAAAGAAAGCCGUCACGGGUCUUUCAGCCUUUUACGGGCCCACCGGGUGAUCCGGAAGAGGCCGGCGCUGAAACAUGGGACUGCUGGCCACGAUACGGAGGGAAUGGUUCAUCAUUGGGAUUGUACUGGUGAUACUGUCGGCUAAAGUGCAGCCCAGCUUCGGUGUCAAAGGAGGACCGCUGAAGCCAGAAAUCACCAUCUCGUAUCUCGCGGUCUCGCUGAUCUUCUUCAACAGCGGCCUCUCGCUGAAAACAGAGGAGUUGACCAGCGCUUUACUUCAUGUGCGCCUUCACCUCUUCGUGCAGUCCUUCACGCUGGUCUUCUUCCCAAUGACCAUUUGGCUGCUGGUCAGAGUGCUGGCGCUGACUAACAUCGACCAAUGGCUGCUCCGAGGGUUACAGACAGUGAGCUGUAUGCCGCCUCCGGUCUCGUCGGCCGUCAUUCUCACCAAAGCCGUCGGCGGUAACGAGGCGGCUGCCAUCUUCAACUCUGCGUUUGGGAGCUUCCUGGGUAUCGUGGUGACACCGACCCUCCUCCUGCUCUUUCUGGGCUCCUCAUCCUCCGUGGCCUUUGGCUCCAUCUUCUCUCAGCUUUUCAUGACUGUGGUGGUGCCGCUUGUCGUGGGUCAGGUGUGCCGCCGCUUCCUGAGGGAGUGUCUAGAGCGCAGGAAACCUCCGUUCGGCACCGUCAGCAGCGCUGUCCUCCUCAUGAUCAUCUACAGCACCUUCUGCGACACCUUCAGCAACGCCAACAUGGAGCUGGACCCCACCAGCCUGCUGAUGGUCGUCCUCAUCAUUUUCUCCAUCCAGCUGACUUUCAUGCUGUUCACUUUUGGAUUUUCCAGCAGAGCCGGCUCAGGAUUUAGUCCCGCCGACACGGUGGCUAUCAUGUUCUGCUCCACGCACAAGUCGCUAACGCUAGGUAUCCCCAUGCUGAAGAUCGUGUUCGCGGGCGACGAGCGUCUGUCGCUGAUCUCGGUCCCCCUGCUUAUCUACCACCCGGCCCAGAUCCUCCUCGGAUCCGUGCUGGUGCCGACCAUGCGCAGCUGGAUGACCAGCCGCCAGAAGGUGAGCGCAGACCAGCCUGCAGCCCGUCUGACCAAGUGAGCGACUCACCGAACAAUCGUGUGCCUUCCCGUGGCCAAUCAGCAGCGACCUCGGACACGAGGACCAAAUGCUGGCUUGCCGCCCUCCGCAAAGGACAAAACACAAAACGUUUAUUCUUCUUUAUUUAACAGAAGCAAAGGUACACAUUUUAUAUUUGCUAAAGGACACAUGGGGUGGCUGGGACCUUUUUUUUUUUUUUUAAUUGUCUUUUCUACAUUUUCUACUCAGCAUUCCAGCUUCCAGUAACAGGGAAUGUGAACUUUUGUUACAAUGGUUUUGAUAUUGUUACAAGAGUCUUGAGGCUAGAUUAUGUAUUUAAUUUAACUUAAAGCCUUGAAUGUUUAAUAGUGAUGGUGACCCGACAUGAACAUCGUGUUUUCAUGUGUUUGAUGCUACAAACGUUUACAAAGCAUUUUCCCACCACCUAA